AUGGAGAACAUUGACUGGAAGAUUUUGGAGUCCGCUUGUUUAAUAGAAGAUUUAAAAAAACUUUUCGGAAAGAUUUUUGGAAAUAAUUUCCUCCAAGAAUUUGAAAACUUUACGAAAAAAUCCACUAAUUUAUUAGAAAAUUAUGAUGAGGCUAAUUUUUUUAAUCCUUACGUCGUUAGGCACCAGGCAUUAAAUAAUAAAAUUGAAUUAGUUGAACUACUCCAAAUUCUCCUCCAUAUUAGUAAAUAUCGUGGCUACAAGGAGUUUUAUCUUGACAGCACCCUUGAAGAAAAAGAUGAAGAGACUAAAAAAGCCUACGCAGCGGUUGGAGAAGUAAAAAAAAUAUUUCAGGAAAAUAAUUAUCGUUCCGUGGCAGAAAUGGUAAUUAAAAAUGAAAAAUUUCGUCAUUCUCAACACAAAAAUCUUCUCUCGGCUCAUAACCACAAUCCAAAUAAGGAUUAUGAAAAUAAAGAGGAAGUUAAGAAGAAUCAUAAGCAUUUUAUCUUUCCACGAGAAAAAUUAGAAGAAGAAGUUAGAAAAAUUUUAAUUGAACAAAGUAAACAUUAUCCACAAUUACCUAAAAUUCUUGAAAAAAGUUUGGAAAUUGGCAGAAUAAGAGAAACUAGAACCGAUAUUGAAGAAAUAAUUUUUCGGCAAAGAGACUUUGAGGAUGGACCAACUAAACUUGAACCAAAAAAAGAAAAAGAAUUAGGAGGAUUAGAAAAAGUACAAGUAGUUCAUCAGCAAGUUUUUGAAUGGUUAAUUUCUUCCUCCGGUUAUCAACCUAAAAUUCUGAGCCGAGAGGAAAAAGAGAGUGGCAAAAAAAGAGAAACUUUCCGAAAACAACUCGAAGAACUUCUUAACAAAUUAGUAGGGAAAGGAAAUUAUAGUUUUCCCAAAGGAGUUGAAUUUAAAACCGGGUUCUUGGAUUAUCUAAAAGAAAAUAGUUACCAAAAAACAAUUUUCUACCAAAUCGGUCAGAUAAUUUUUGAAAAUGUUUCUCCGUGGAGAAGAAAAAGUAAAUUAGAUAUUCUAGCCAAAAAGUAUGGUCUCGAACCUUUUCAGGUUUGCUUGACUAAAUUGGAAAAGUAUGAUAAGGAAAGGCCACCGGCUUCGGUUUCUUUUCUUUACAUGAUUGAAGCGAUUAAGGCUUUUUUAGAUGGUAAAAAGUAUGUGAGAAAUCCAGUAGUGUUUCGUAGUUUUAACCAAACCCGCAAAAUUCUCAAAAACCUCUUUUUAAAUUAUCCACAAGGAUUUGCCACUAUUAAUAUUGAGACUGGUCGGGAUUUGUGGAAUUCGGAAGAAGAGAGAAAUAAAAUUGAAAGAAAGAACCAAGACCAAGCCAAGGAAAAAAAAGACAUUGUUGAAAAAUUAAGAGGUAAAAAGAAUAUUCCUAUUAACGAGACCAAUAUUAAAAAAUAUCGUUUAUGGGAGGACCAAAAUGAGAAACUUUGA